UCCUUAGCCUAUAACGGACUCCGCAUUUCUUCUCUUUCUGAGUGUCUCAAACGCUUACUCAUACAAUGAGCUUAGUCUCAAAGAAUUCCAAGAUUUCACUCAAAAAGACACCAAGAAGAAGUCUAAGGAGAACUUCAAUCUCUCGGAGAAGAAGACUAUAUGCACGCCGUCCCUGCAAACCAAAAAGAAGCUGGCGCACCACCACCACCACCACCACCAAGGUCUCAGCCAAGCUGGAGACUCUCAAGAAUCUCAUCCCUGCCCACAAUGGAGAGAUUAUAAAGGCUGAGCACUUGUUCCAAGAAACUGCUGAUUACAUUGUCCUCUUGAAGACCCAAGUCUUCGUUUUGCAGAGAUUGGUUGAGUUCUAUGGAUCUACUACUACUGAAGCAGAAACUAAUGCUGUAUCAUAGUAUCUUGCUGCUAGUUUUAUUAAUGAAAGAAAGAGUGCUAGAGCAUCUCUUCUGGUCUUUUACAUUUUCACCACAUGAAUUUUGUUUGGUUGAGGAGAAAAUGGAGGGAAAUGUGGAUGAAAGUUUUUUGGAACUUAUUAUAUAUCAUGCAUACAUGAUUAGGACUGGCAUGUGUUUGUGGGUUUUCCCAGAUUUGCCUUCACUUUCUCUUGAUGUUAUUGGCAUCCAAAAUACAUACAUAUAUAUAUAUAACUAUGUUCUUUAAUUA